UGUUUUCAUUCCGAUCGAUCAACACCUUCCACGCGUAGUUCAGAGUCUGGCGGCAGAAGUGCCCAAAGUGUAUCUCGUGUGCGUGUGCCCCGCUCCUCCGCAUCUUCACCCCCCUCCCCUCAAGUGUGAUGCUGCUAUCUGCUCGGAUUAAUUCAGCAGGGCAAUGAAUUACUCUGAAACAAGCGGCCAAAUAUGUGCUUGUGGUGUUUAACAAUUCCCAGCCUUCGAGAGUCGAGAGCCGAUAAGCGAUGUGAUGUGCCCUGUUGUAUUUAGUGUGAUAACGAGCGUGGAAAGUGAUGUGCGGUAUUGCGAUUAACAUCGUCGGGGGUUAAAUCAGUGAAAGUGACACGUUUGGCCGUUCCGCAGAAAGUGAAGGUGGUGGCCAACUGUAAUGUGAUGCCUGUGAUUGGGAAAGUGACGAAUUGGUAAUUUUGGGGGACCCAAGGUGGAUGAUUAACAUAAAUAGUCGGAAAACUCCACACCCAGUUCUAGGACACCGGAACGAACCUAUUUUUCGAUCGGAAGGGGAAAAGAACACACUUUUCAUCUCGCAAAAAUUGGAUGCUUCGCUGUAGUGGUUGUUACAAUCGACGAUCGUCAAUUGUGAGCAGCAGCAGCAGCAGCAGCAGCAAGACGACAAGUGCGCCUUGAAUCAGAUGCCAUUCGCUGGAAAUCGAUCGAUCUCCGGUUCGCAAUUGGCACGAUCCGCGUUUUGCUGGAAGCUGUCGCCGUCAGUGUUCAAGAAUGAUGUUUCUUCUAAAUUAACCGGAGUGUGAUUUACGCCUGUGUCGUCGUUAAUUGUAGUGAGUGAUCUUCGAUCGUUGUUGUCAUGAUCAACGCGUAAGUGACCGACCGGUUUGAUGAAUUCAUUGUGCAAAAACGCGUCGUUGUCUGUCGGUCUGGGAUCAGCGUGUCUAGAAGUGAAAUUUGAGAUGCUUGUGUUUUGGAUGUGAUUCUAAGAGCAGCAAGAGAAUUGCAAUUGUCAACGUGGUUUGUGCACUAGUAGUGGGGAGGUGGUGUCGUCUUACAAUUGUGUGAUGUGUUUUGAAAACCCAGGCGUCUAAACAUGACUAAUCCGGUGUUGGAGUAAGAGUGUGACCUGGAGACGCAGUCAGUCAACGUAGAACAACGCAAAAAAGAUCGAAACGAUUUACCCCGUGUUGAUUGGCUGGUAAAUCACUGCCCCCAUCUGCUGGAACCAAAGUGAGUGAUCAAGAAGACGAUUGCAUCAUUGCGCCCGCCAAGCUGUGUGCCGAACGCAUUUGCAAUUUGCAUUCUCCUCCUUCGGCCAGUCUAAGGCUUGCUGUGUGAGGAUCCGACCCAGAGAACAAAACGUGCCACGGUUCGCUAACCAGAAGUGAUGAAACAAGAUUAACGACACGACGGUUCCAUUUUGAUUGGAAUCUAUCAGCGAAACGACGACGACACGAACAAUUCGAAUCGAAACUAGAAGGCAGAAGGCGAUUCCAGCGGACCGAAACGUCGAUUGAAGCAAAAAAGGGUAUCCCAACGUGCCCGAUUAAUUUGUCCACACUGCGCACCCGGUUGCCAGACAUCGGCAACUGGAACCUCCCACACAUAUGCAAGGAAGCCGUCACCAGCCAGAACAAUAACUCCUCCAACGGCGUUGCGACGAUCGUCGGUUCGGACGGAACGGCCACCAUCGGCAGUAACUAUAGCAACAACCUCACGACGGCAGCGGCGGACGCCUUCUACCAGCCCCAGUCGCUGGGCGCCCUAUCGACACUGACGGCAUCGACGACCGUCACCAGCUGUGGUGGCACGUCACCCGGUACGGCAACGGGGGCGACGACAACGCAGCAACCAUUGCCGCAGCACUACUUCAACCAGGUUGCUUUGCAACAGCAGCAACAGCAACAGCACCAGACUAAUCUGCACAAGUUCUACAAGGCGCACAAGAAGAUGCCGGGCUUUCGCGGUCGGAGGGGCUGGUGCGGAUGUCUGCAGGAUGACGAGCCACCCGAAAUCUGCGUGGUGGAGGGAGUCUUCUCCCUGCAAACCCUCACCCCUACCCAACCGAUGCCGGCAGUCGACGAGCUGGACAGCAAAUUCGCCGAGCUCGUCGAGGAACUGGAUCUCACCGCCCCGAACAAGGCGGCCAUGCUGAGUCUACCCCCGCAGAAGAAAUGGCAAAUCUACUGCUCCCGCAAGAGCCCCCUGGACGCCACCGAUCCCAGCGGAGCGCCCCUCCCGGGUGUGAACCUACCGCCCUCCCCGGAGCACUACAUCGAACGGCUCAAGGACAUGGCCGUGCAGCUGAAGGCGUCCUCCCCGGACGAGUCGCCCUCGCACGAGUACAGUCCGAAAAUUGAAUCUCACACGGCCCUUUUCGACGCGCUGAAGACGGCCCUGCGCACUUCGGCGCACAGCUUCGUCAUUCGGUUCAUCGAGCUGCAGGGGCUGCCGGCCCUGCUGGAACUGCUGCAGGCCCUGGACAUCCGGGUGGCCAACAGUCCGCUGCACACCAGCCUGAUCGGGUGCAUCAAGGCGCUGAUGAACAAUUCGACCGGUCGCUCGCACGUGCUAGCCCAUCCCACCGGUAUCGAUACGAUCGCGCGCUCUCUAGCAGCGGACAACAUCAAGACCAAAAUUGCCGCCUUGGAAAUCCUCGGUGCCGUAUGUCUCGUACCCGGCGGUCACAAGAAGGUCCUCACUGCGAUGCUCAACUACCAGGAGUACGCUGCAGAGCGGGUCCGUUUUCAGGGGAUCGUCAACGAUCUGGACAAGUCAACGGGAGCCUAUCGGGACGACGUCAAUCUCAAAACGGCCAUCAUGUCGUUUAUUAACGCUGUGCUGAACUACGGACCCGGACAGGAGAACCUUGAGUUUAGGUUGCACCUUCGAUACGAGUUCCUGAUGCUCGGCAUUCAACCAGUCAUCGAUAAACUCCGGAAACAUGAGAACGAAACCCUGAACCGGCAUCUGGACUUCUUUGAAAUGGUUCGAAACGAAGACGAGAAAGAGCUGGCGAGAAAGUUCAACCAUGAGCACGUGGACACCAAGAGUGCAACUGCAAUGUUCGACCUCCUGAGGCGGAAGCUGAGUCAUUCAACGGCCUAUCCGCAUCUCGUGAGUCUCCUGCAGCACAUGUUACUCCUCCCGCACACCGGACCAAACGCCCAGCACUGGUUGAUCUUCGAUCGUGUGGUUCAGCAGAUCGUCCUUCAGCAGGAAGAACGUCCCUCCAGUGAAAUCGAUCCUGACAGCCAGGACAAAACCUCCGAAUCUUCCCUCAAACUGCAAGACCCGGACAUAGCUCCCCUUCAAAUCGAUGUCAAGAAAAUAGUCAAACUCUUAGUCAAAGAAGAAGAACUGGUAGCCGCCCGAUCGCGAGCCGAAGACCUCGAGCGGGAAAACUCCGAAAUCAAUGGUAAACUGGCCAAAAAAGAACAGGAACUGGACCUGCGAACCCAGGAAAAGGAAGAUCUCGAAACCUCCCUGGCUCGAAUGCGAGAGCGACUGGAAAAGGAAAGCGCCAACCUCUCGCAAGCCGUACAGCGGGCCAUGAACGCCGAAAUGCGCGCCGAAGAUCUCCAACAUCGAUUCGUCAGCGAACAACAGGAACGGAUACGUUUGGAACGACUAGUCACCGAAGGAAGCAUCCCAGACGAUCAGAAAGUCGCCGGCCUGCAAGGCUGCAAUGGUCAAGUAUCUCCCCCACCUCCACCUCCACCGUGCAAACUUCCACCUCCCCCACCGCCAAUGAUGGCCGCUCCACCACCACCACCUGCCCCCGGAGGUCUACCCAAGAUCUCCAAUCCCAACAUAGCCAAUCAACCCGCUCCACCGAAACUGGAUGCCCCCAAGAAGAACGUCCCUCAGCCGGCCAACCCGCUUAAGAGCUUCAACUGGUCUAAACUGCCCGACAGCAAACUCCAGGGAACGGUCUGGAGCGAACUGGACGACACCAAGUGGUACAACAGCAUCGAGCUCGAGUCCAUCGAUAAGCUCUUCUCCGCCUACCAGAAGAAUGGCGUUGCGUAUACGUUUCCAUUCCAGAACGACGGCUCGAUCGAGGAUCUUCGCUUGAUCGGAAAGAACAAGACGAAAAUCCUAUCGGUGAUCGACGGUCGACGAGCGCAGAACUGCACCAUCCUGCUGAGCAAACUCAAGAUGAGCGAUGAGGAAAUUUCCAAAGCCAUUCUGUCGAUGGAUUCCAACGAGCAGCUGCCGAUCGACAUGGUCGAACAGCUACUCAAGUUUACGCCUUCGGCCGAAGAACGCGCCCUGCUGGAUGAACAUUCCGAAGAUAUCGAUUCGCUGGCCCGCGCCGAUCGAUUCCUGUACGAAAUUUCCAAAAUACCUCACUACGAGCAGCGUUUGCGAAGUUUGCACUACAAAAAGCGCUUCCAGCUGACGGUGAGCGAUCUUUCGCCGCGAAUCGCCAGCGUUAUGGAGGCAUCCCGCGAAGUGGCCCGUUCCCGGCGGUUGCGCAAGCUGCUCGAACUGGUCCUGGCUCUCGGAAACUACAUGAACCGCGGUGCUCGUGGCAAUGCGUCUGGAUUCCGGCUGGCUUCGCUGAACCGGCUAGCGGACACCAAGAGUAGCGCCGCAAAGGGGACGACCCUGCUGCACUAUCUGGUACAGAUCAUCGAGAAAAAGUUCAAGGACAUUCUGUUCCUGGAGGAAGAUCUACCGCACGUGAAGGAAGCUUCGAAGGUUUCGCUGGGCGAGAUGGACAAGGACAUCACCAUGCUGCGCGCUGGGCUGACCGAAGUCAACCGGGAGAUUGAGUUCCACCGGAGUAGCGGAGUGCCACAGCCGGGCGAUCGGUUCCUGCCGGUGAUGAGUGAGUUCCAUGCUCAGGCCUCGGUGCGGUUCACUGAGCUGGAGGAUCAGUUCCAGAAUAUGAAGACGAGAUUUGAUCGAGCGGUGCGAUUGUUCGGUGAGGACGGAGCCGUGGUGCAACCGGACGAGUUCUUCGGCAUCUUCGACGGGUUCCUGUCGGCGCUGAUGGAAGCCAAACAGGAUAACGAGAACUUCCGACGGCGGCAUGAGGAGGAAGAGAAACGGGCACGACAGGAGGCUGAGCUCAAGAAGCGCACCAUUGAGCGCAAAUCGAAGGAGGGCCUGCUGAACUCGGUAGCCAAGAACCUGGGCCUCAAGUCGUCCAAGAGCUCGAACGGUUCGGCCAACGGAGGCAGUCCGGUGGCCGGCGGCGAUCCCAACAACAAAGGUGAGUUUGACGAUCUGAUUUCAGCGCUCCGGACGGGAGAUGUUUUCGGCGAGGACAUGGCCAAGUUCAAACGAUCGCGCAAAACCCGCCUGGGACCGGCCACCAACGGGGGAAGCAACACGUCGCCACCACGCAGCCGGAACAGCAUUGGGCGCGAGGACAGCCGAGAACGACCAGUCGUCACCAAUCGACGACAGUAGAUAAAUGGGGCACGGUUGUUGGGGGUGUUCACCUAUCCCGUAAGGUGUUGACAAAUUGUGGACGUACUUUUAUUAGAGCGGUUUGAUUUAUUUUUUCGCGAAAGUUUUUGUUUGUUAUAUUUUUUGUACAAUUGUAAACGAAGAAAGAGACCAAAAAUUUGCGAGUAAAGCUCAAAGAAAAUUUGCAAAAUUGUCGGAUGAUAAAUAGUAGAUGUAUAUUUAACUAAAACAAAGUAUCUGUACGUACGAAAUAUGUUUAAUCCAUAAAUAUUGAAGUGGAGCAAGUUUCAAAACAUUUGGAACGAAAUGAGCAGAAAAAUAUAAUAGAUAAAUGUUUAAUAUAAAGAUUUUUGAGAACGUUUUACACGCAAACAUAAUGAUUGAUAAAAACCAAAACAACAAUAAAGCUUAACGAAAAUUUACACACCCAGCUGGUCAACGCCAACCGAUUUUAAAUAACUUUUUACAAUAAACAGCAAAAAGUAGAAGAAGUUUGAAACAGUAAAAACAAUGUUAUUAAAUACAUAUUGAUAGUUUCAUCACUGUUUAGAGGACUGUCCCGAAAAAAAACAGCAGUAGGCUGAGUUUAUCAUUUAACGACCAGCCUACUAGGAUCAUUUUAGUUACCAUUCACCUGCUCGAAACCCAGGAAACAACAAUGCUUCCGUAACUCAUGGUAUUAUCGCUCUGUUCUUUUGCACUCAAAUGUAAAGCUCAAUCACGCACCAUCGCUUCCCGGAGCCAUGUCGUUGAAUUUCUAUUAUUGUUUUAUUUUUUUUCUGUACAAAUGUUUAUUCUUUUCUAAAUCUUUAUUUCCGCUAGCUUUGCUCGCGCAAAGCGUCAGUAUUCUUCAACUGAAAGGUAUUUAUUUAAAAAGCUUCCUUGUUACCCCUUAAGAAGUAUUCUUUCUAGUGACAUUAUAUGCAUAUCUUCCCAGGGUUUUCCCGUACUAAAUAUGACGAAAACCUUGCUAAAUUCUUCAAGCAAUCUGUUGCGCUGUCCCGCAUUAGGCUUUUCUGAGUUAGGGAUGUUCUGUAUAUACGCUAGAAAUUUGUAAUCGAUAAUCGAUAAGAAUCUGAACAAAAAAUAUAAAGAUCACAAAUGCUACACAUGGAAACAGAUUCCACUCUUUGAAACGUAGUUUAGUCAGAAGUUGUUCCCUCUGUUUUAAAUGAAAUAUUACGAAAGAAUAAACAACAAGAUAGAUUAGUGAAUUUAUAACGAAAAUACAAACGUUGUCAGUAAGCAAAGAUGUUUUAAAAUCGCACUUUGAUAUCCCAUUUUUCUGUGCUCAUUCCCUUCCACUCUCAUAAUAUAAUACCCACAGACACCUUCACAAACGUAUAUUCACAAUGAUGUUAGGAUAGUCUACUGCCGUUGAAUAGAUGUUGCUUAAAAGGACAAAACACAAUAGAACAACAACUUAGCCGCUUACAGUUUCUUCCAUUUCUCCUACUGAAUCCUAAUCAUCCAUAAAUAAUAAGGGACAGAGAAACGGAACACACAACAAAUUGUUUUUUUUUUUAAUCGAGAGCGAGAAGACAAAUACAUUUGAAAAGAUUGAGGAAAAUAUGCCAACCACCAAUUUAAGUAGAAUCCAAAUCGAACCUUUGAAUCGCACACAUUCAAUAUUAUAUCGGGCGAUUCGCUUCUACAUUAACUGAUAAACUUUACAAUAGAUCGUGGAUGGAAAAGUUGAUAAUAUAUACACAGCAGUUGGGCGCACUGUGAGAAGAAAACAACAAGUCAAAACGAAAUAAGUAACAGUGAAAUAUUGUCGGAGUAAUAAAAAAAUAUCGAAUAAUAA